AUGCAGUCGCUCAAGGCCUUUGCCCAGUCCACCUUCGGCGAGCUGAAAGAGGCUCUGGCAGAUGACGACGACGAGGAGGAGAGCCCCACACCGAAGGCGCUGCCGCCUUUGGCUUCAGCCGCGUGGCCAGAGGCGCCUAGCAAUGCUUUGGGCGGGCGAGGCGAGGCCGCCAAGCUGGAGUUCGCAGCUCUGGCGCAGAGUCCCUGCUUCAACGUGUUGAGCAAGCUCGAUGAGGAUCUGGCUGGCAAGUGGGGCGACCCAGAUCUACCGCUUGCCGACAUGGCGGUGUUGGCAUGCCGAACCCUCAGAAAGGUCUUGCCGAUGGUUGCCAUAGAGGCCUCGGCGCCUUCCGAGACGCAGCGCAUGUUGACAUCCUUUAGUGAGCGGUAUGAGCAGCUUCUGGCCGAGAAUGCUGCUCUGCAGCAGAAGGCCCGGGAGCUCUCCGCCGCGAAGGACACUUUGGAGGCCGCCGCCAGCCAGGCGGAGGCCUGCCGCUCGGCCCACCGGGCUGCCAUCGCGCGGGUGGAGGAGUUGUCCUCCGAGAGCGCGGAAUUGAAGGAGCGGAUGCGGAGCCAGGGCCUGGACUCCGAGGAGCACGAGAGGCUCCUGAGGAAGCUGGACCAGAAGGAUGCGGAGAUUCGAGCGGGCGCCGAGGCGAUGCAGAGGCUCCAGGAGGUGGUGGAGGACCAAAGCGCCAUGAGCUCCCGGUGCUGGGCGCUGGAGCGCGAGCUGGCGGCCGCCAAAGCUGCCGCGGCCGCGGAGCGCGCGAACGCGCCUCCGCCGCCGCCGCCGCCGACGGAAGCGGCGCAGGGCCAAGACUCGCUGAUGGGGCGGUGCCUGACGGUGGAGAAAGAGCUCAAGGAGACGAGCGCCGCCCUGGAGGUGCUCUUGGAGGAGAAGGCGCAGAGGCUAGCAGACCAGGAGCACCUGGUGGAUCGCCGGCUCGUGACGUCGAUGCUGGCGCUGUACCACGACCACGUGUCUUCGGGCCAGCGCGCGUUGGCCGAGCAGGUGCUGAAUCAGACCCUGCAAAUCCUUGGCGGCGUCCCAGAGGAGGCGAACCUCCGGCAGCGUGUGAAGGUGGCGGAGGAGGCAGCGAAGAAGCGCUUGGCCCGCCCGCUGGGUAACGCUUUCGUGGACUUUCUGGAGACGGAGGCGGGCUUUGUGGACGCCGGAACGGCAACGGAUGCGGUGUCGGCGCAGGUUGAGGCCAGCCGGAUGGACGAGUACUUGAACCGUCAGAGAGCCCCACUGAGGAGCCAGAGGACCCUGAUGGCCAUCCCGAAGAAUCUCAGCAGGGCCGCAGUUUUGCCCACCACGGGAGAGGCUGUCACGGAGUUAGACAUGGACAGCUUCGAGAUGGUGAGCGAGAACCUGGAGGACACGGACGACGAGGAAGUGGUGUGCCACUGGGAGAACGACAUCAUCAGCACUUCAAGGCGGACAUCUUGGAGUUGUACGCUGGCCAGGGUAAGAUCAGCCAGAUGGCUAGUCACUACGGCCUGGUCCCACACGGAGCCCUUGGAAAUCGAGACGGGCACGGACCUGACCAGCGAGGACGGCAAGGCUUUGGUGGACUACCUGCUGUCCGAGAUGACGCCAGUGUUCGUCAUCGCAGGUUACAAGUGUACCAAUUGGUCCAUCUUCAACGAAAACCUCAACUACGCUCACCGACCUCAAGAGCUACAACAACUACGCGAUCAAGAGCGACCACAUCUACAGCAACUAUGCAAAUGGAUGGGCAAGAUUGCUCAUGGUGGAGGAUUCUUUCUACUUGAGAAUCCACAGAGGUCGCGAUUGUGGGAAGAAGCAUGCGUCAUCGAGCUCAUCGACAACUACAGCGCCUACGUUGUGGACACCCGCGGAGGCGCCUUCGUCCAGACGGACAGCGAAGGCAAUGUCUAUAAGCCCUUCCGGUUUGUCACCAACAGCAAAGAGGUGGCGGACAUGCUGUCCCGGAAGAUCACCGUGGAGGGCAAGAUCGCAUGCAAGCCAAUCCAAGGCAAGGAAGCCAAAAAGUACGACGCCCUCUGGUUCAACAAGAAGAUCCACUCCGUGCACUAUGCCCGGCCAGUUGGCGAUGCCGACAAAUGGAGUCCCUUGUUGCAGGAGGUUGAGAACGCCUUCAGCACCACCAGCACUAAGACGAUCAACGUCGGUGAGAAGGACAAGCUCUACGGCAAGUUUGCUUCGCUCAUUCCUUGGAAGAUCACCAAGAUUCAGAUCGCAAAGCAACCUAUAGUGCGACGCUUCCCCGUCAGUUUUCCCUUCACCCAUCGAGGUUGCGUUUUGAAGGCAGCGAGCGGCAAUAUCUACAUCGAGCCGGAGGACUUGGAGCAUGUUCGCUAUCCCAAGCAGCGCUUCACCGAGCCGAUCAAGGUGGGCAUCUUCUUCUACGGCGUAGCAGAAAAUGAUGAGAAGGCAGACCAGAAGGACGAUGACCCAGCAUUACCCGUACCAGGCCUGGGGACAGGAGUUCAUUGCAGCGUUGUGCCAGCAGAGGCGCACCACAAGAUCGGCCUGAUCGAACGUCACAAUGCAGUGCUCCGAGAUUGCCUUGAGCGAAUCGUGGACAAUCAGUCAGCUGCGACAGCGGAGGACAUGGAGAUUGCCCUUAGUGCCGCGCUGCGUGGUAAGAACUCCUUGGUUCAUCAUCUCGGGCGACCACCUUGUAUGGCAGCAUUUGGCCGUCUCCCUCGACUGCCAGAAGAGCUGCUGAGUGACCCCAACGGACUGGUGACCGGGGAGAGCGCAUCAGACAUGCGCCGCAAAGCCGAACUGUAUCGAUGCGAAGCCACUAAGGCGAUAGCAGAGAUGCAGGCGAGCUCUGCCAUCAGGAAGGCGCUCUUGAGGAAGACAGCGCUGCAAGGCAGCGCUCUUCCAGACGUCCGCCCGGGAAGUCGUGUGGCCUACUGGCGCUGGCAACACCGCCGGAAGGGCAUCAAGACGGAGCCGCCAACAACCGAGAAGAUCUAUGGCAAGAUCACCGUGGACAAGGUCCCCCUGGAGAGUUGGAUCUCGAACAAGCCGAUCAACCCUGUGAUGGUGAAGAAGGAGAAGAAGUUCCCCUUGCGGCGCUUCCUCACGUACUACCAGCAGGUCCCAAGCGGAAGAGCGAGUUCCAAGAUGGCGAUGAAGACCGGAUUCGAGACAUCAGCAUCCAUAACCAGGAGAACUACCACAUGGAGGUUUCGGUUCAAGCGCCCGAAGCCGUUCGACUUGGUUUACAUCCAGAUCAACCAGAACUUCGAGUCCCAGUACUUCCACCACCAACACCGAGGUCUCGACCAUCUAGGGCACGAUCACGGGCAUUACCGCUUGAAGACGGAACGAUCGGUUCGUCUCAACCACCGGCAGAUGAAGGCGGAGAACUGGAACUACAACUUGAUCAGCCUCAUGCAAGAGGAGAUCGCGGCAGUACCCCUACGAGAACGCUACUACGACAUCUACCAGUCAGUGAAGCACAAAAAGGAUGGAUCUCAGGGAGAACAUCAGCGGCAAGCUUACAAGGAGGGCGAGACUGGCAAGGACGACGACGCGGUUCUCAGCUACUCGGGUACCGGCUCAGAGUCCGACCGCGAAAAGCCGAAGGCCAGACGCCUAACGAGAAAAGAGGCCAAGCAAUUGGAUCGCGAGAUCCCUUAG